GCAAUCGCAAUGAGAAUAGUGUGUGUUGCGGUUGCAAGAGAGUCUUUCAGCGAUAGUCGAAGAGUGAAGACGUAUCGAGUGCGCUGAGCUACCAAGUUAACAAGUACCUAUAGAGUGGAUAAGAGAGAGAGAGAGAGAAAGAGCGACGGACAUAGAAAAGGAGACAGAGAGAGAUAGUGAUAAAAAGAGACAGAAGAUUUACCAUAGCGUUGUGCUGAGGUCGAACGAGCGAGUCGCGGAGACGUCGACGGAGAGACGGAGAGAGGGACAUUUAACAGUCAGAGUCAGAAGCGAUCACGAUGCUCGUGCUCGUGUUUAACGGAGGAAACGGCAAGAGGCAGAAGCAGCGGCCAGCUACUACUACCACCAACAGCAGUAGCAGCAACAUACAGGGCUGAGGGCUGGUUUAACUCCAAUCCAACAUUCAGGGCUCGGCCUCUCUCUAGCUGUGUGAUUAAUAUUUAUUAUUGUCAUUUAUUUAUUUUUUAAUUACGAGUUUUUUUUUUUUAAUUAAAUUAAAUUUUCGUUCUCACAAUUAUUUUUAUACUACUAUUAUUAUUAUUAUUGGACGUUAAAUUUUAUUUAUAUUUUUAAAACUGUGCUGAUAAAAAUAUGGAACUUAAUAAAACUGCAACUUCCAAUACUUGGAGACUUCUUAAUACGUCUUGCAUCGAGAACAAGGACGAGCUUGAAGAGAAAUUUGAACGAUGUCACGCAGUGCUACAAGGUCUAACAGCCGGUCUUUCAGAAAAAGAAGUACACGACACAUUAAACAAUGCAGUUUGUAAAGACAAAACACACGAAGAAGUAUCACUAGGACUUUUAGUUGUUAUUUUAACGGAUCCACAGGAUGCGCUUAAAAGUUAUCGUGACUUGACACUGAUAACACGUGAUGGACUGGCCAUUGUACUAGGUCAUUUAAAUCAAUUAGUGCUCGAACGUUAUUUGCGAUUAAAUGACAUAACUCGAAGUCAAUUGUUGUGGUUAUUACGUGAAUUAAUAAAAGCAAAUGUUGCUGGUGUUGAUAAUUUAUGUUUAAGUUUAUUAAGACAUGCCGCUGGUGGUGACACUUCACCGCGCAAUAUAUAUUUAGUUGAGGCAUUACUUGAUAUAUUUCAAGAUAAUCGACAGUGGCUGGAUAAAUUUCCAUUUUUAGUUGCGUCUAUUGUUUAUACUUAUUUACGUUUAAUUGAAGACCACAGCGCUCCUCAUCUUCAACAAUUGAGAUCAAGAGAAGUUACUUUCACUGUUGCACUUAUUAGAGAACGUAUUGUUGAUUGUCUAGUUAUUGGAAGAGAUUUGGUGCGUUUACUUCAAAAUGUUGCGAGGUUACCUGAAUUUGAAAGUCUCUGGCGCGAUUUAUUAACAAAUCCAAAGUCAAUAAAUCAAAACCUGACAGGUGUAUUGCAAUUACUACAAACACGUACAUCACGUCGUUUUUUACAAUCACGUUUGACUCCAGACAUGGAACGUAAACUUGUAUUUUUAACUGGAAGUGUACGUUUUGGUAACCACAAACGUUAUCAGGAUUGGUUUCAACGACAAUAUUUAGCGACACCUGAAUCACAGUCACUACGAUGUGAUUUAAUAAGAUUUAUUGUUGGUGUAAUACAUCCGACAAAUGAGUUACUGUGCUCAGAUAUUAUUCCACGAUGGGCUGUCAUAGGAUGGUUAUUAACAACUUGCACAUCAACGGUCGCUGCUAGCAACGCUAAAUUAGCAUUAUUUUAUGAUUGGCUAUUUUUUGAUCCUGAGAAAGAUAAUAUUAUGAAUAUUGAACCGGCAAUACUUGUUAUGCAUAAUUCAAUGCGAUCACAUCCUGCUGUCACUGCCACACUUUUAGAUUUUUUAUGCAGAAUAAUACCAAAUUUUUAUCCAGCAUUGACAGAUAAAGUCCGUAAUGGUAUUUUUUCAUCACUAAGACAAAUUUUAGAAAAACGUGUAUUGCCAUCACUAUGUCCAUUAUUUGAUAAUUCAAAAUUAGAUCGUGAGUUGCGUAUAAAAAUACGUGAAACCUUCAAGGAAUUUUGUUUACCAUCAAAUGCUGAUCCUGCAUUGGGUAAUAAGGUUCCGAUACUAUAUUCAGGUAAAAUAGAAGAAAUGAACAAAGACAUGGGUCCAGGAUUGAUGUUGGAUAAUAAUUUAAUACCAACGACAGCAACUGCUAUGACUAAUAUCAAUUCUACGGAAAAUAAUCAUCAUCAUGGACAAGAUCCAGAACCAGCAUUUAGUGACGACGAAGAGGAAAUGCCUCUUAGAAUAGUAACAAAAGUUGAAGACGAAGAAGAUGAUGACGAUGACGACGAUGUGCCUCUUUCAAAAAUAAAAUUAAAAAAAGACCGCGAACGUGAGCGAGAACGUGAACGUGAGCGUGAGCGCGAGCAGCAAAAAACAUCAAACUGUAUUUUAAAAGACAUAACUUGUCAUCUAAACAUAACUCUUGAACCCAACGAGCUUAAGUCAGCUGUAAAUAAUCUCUACAAUGAAACCGACAAUGAAUCCCGGUGUCAGACUAUGGAGCGCAUUGUCCAGAUGAUCCUUGAAGAUGAUCUCGGUGUUGACUCAAUCGGGCCUCUUGCCACUUGUCUCUUUACGAUUCUCUCCUCUCAAAUUACCCCAAAUAUUUUUCCCGCAGAUAAUUUGAACGACGACUCAUUAACUGACAGUAUCAGUACUCCUCUUUUCGUCAUGUUUCGUAAUUACUUUCAAUUGUGUAAAGAAGAGGACAACAGAAAAAAAUUUCUCGGUCAUGUAUUGUCUGAGUUACAAAAUUUACAAUCAUGCAUCGGCUAUUUAUUAUUAUAUUUUUUAAAAGUUUGGGGCCGAGAAGAAGAAAAACGUGAAGGACUUGCGUCAAAUGUUACAAAUGAAGUAAAAGCUGCUGUUUAUAAAGAUUUUUGUCAGCAUCGAGAUAAAAAAUUAGAGACUUGUUUACUGGAUGAUUUAAAAUUUUGUCAUCAAGACAAUGUAUUUUUACUCUGCUAUUUGGUGCCUGAUGUAUUUAUGGGAUUUCAAAAUAUUGCAUUGGGUAAUGCAACGCUGCUUCACUUAGUUGUCAGUACUGUUGAUUCAUGUCAGUUGCAAGAAUUGGUCUGUCAAAUAUUACAAGGGCAAUUAAAAAUGUUGGAGAAAGAUUCGUUUGGAGGAUUACUUAUUAAAAGUUUAGAGUGGGAAACUUUUGAACAGUAUUGUUUUUGGCAACUCAUUACUGCUCAUGAUUUUCCAAUAAAAUAUGUUUUGCCAGUGGUUCCUAAAUUACAAUUUAGAAAUCAUGCAGAAGCUAUGACGGCGAUAUUGUUUAUGCUUAAACAAGAAAGGCCGACACUAGAAUUAUUACGUCAAUUAUUUACGCGUCAAAAUAACGACGGUGAUACAUUUGUAGUAGCAGCACUACGUUAUUGGUGUAGAGAUUAUGAAGACAAAUUAGGCGAGUUAUUGGCAAAUUUAUUGAGUACACGUUAUCCAGCAACAAGUCCAAAUAAACGAAAACGCGCCGGCGCUAAGCAAAAUCAACAACAGUCUGGACCACCGACGGGAGAACAAGUAUUAGGUCAUUUAGAUCAAUUACGACAACACUGUCGUGCGUCUGCAGAUCUACAGUUGUACCAAACAGAGGGAAUGCAGAAAGCACUUCAACAAGCACAAGCUGCCAGUAGUGAUAGUUUGAGAAAAAGUUACGGUGAUUUAUUUGCACUAGCUGAAGUUAAUGAAGAAAAUGAACCACCACCACCACCAACAUCAUCAUCACGUAAACAUAAUGCGUCAGCAACAGCGUCUGCUAAAGCUGCUGGGCAUAGGAAAAUUAUUUCUACAAGAGAAAGAACUGCUAGCAAACGACCACCUCCUAGAGAUCGCAAUAGUGACAGUACCGACCAAAGUAGUGAGGAUGAAAUGAUUGCGAAACCAAAGCAAGCAAAAAAAAGGAAAAAGGUAAAUGCCGUGGGAUCGGACAGUGAUUGACCACCAAGUGUCUUCUUAUUCUCCUUCUUCUUAUUAAUACGUUUAAUUAAUAUUAAUUAUAAUUACAACAAUUAUAACAAUUAUUGUUAUACUAAUAAUAACUAUGAUAAUAAUAAUAAUAAUUAUAAUGAUAAGGACCAUAGUACGUUUGUGCGUAAAAUAUAUUUAAGUUAAUGUUUAAAAUUAGUUUAACUAAAUUUAAAUAAUUAUUAUA